AUGGCAACCAACGGUAACUACACAAACCUGGACCAGCUGAAGGACGCUGUCGAGCCAACAUCAUCAGGUCCCACCGCUACCAACGAUGCCUCGUCGGCCGGUAACAACAACAACCUCAGCAAGGAUGAGGUUGGCUGGUACUUUGUCGAGCAAUACUACACAACCCUGAGCAAGAACCCGGAUAAGCUUCACCUUUUCUACGGAAAGCGCUCCCAGUUCGUCUAUGGAAUGGAGGCAGAGGUCGCCAACGUUUCUGUUGGUCGACAAGCUAUCCAAGACAGAAUUAAGAGCCUCGAGUUCGAGAACAGCAAGGUCCGCAUUACGAAUGUCGACUCCCAGGCCUCAUUCGACAAUAUCGUCAUCCAGGUCAUUGGCGAGAGCUCUAUCAAGUCCGCCGAGCCGAAGAAGUUCGUCCAGACUUUCGUCCUUGCGCCCCAGCCCUCCGGCUACUUCGUCGUCAACGACAUCCUGAGAUACAUCAACGACGAGGACGAGGAGGAACCCGUUGCCGAGCCCGAGGCCGCCCCCGAGGAGCAGACUGCCCCUGAGGAGGUUGCCGAGACCCCUGCCCAGCAGGAGGCUGAGCAGCCCAAGGUUGAGGAGAACCCCGGGGAGGCUGCUGGACCUGCCGUUGACGUCGACGAGGUCGAGAAGAAGCUGGAGGAGGUCAGCGCGGCUCCCCAGGAUGCUUCUUCCAACAACGGCGAAGCCGAGACCGCCGCCCCUGAGACUACCAAGGCCCCUGAGGCUCAGGUUGAGGAGCCUACGGUCGACCCCGAGGUCACUGCCCAGGCGAUUGCCGAGGAGGACAUCAAGGAGCCCGAGAAGCCUGUCGACCCCUCCCCUACCCCUGUCGCACCCACCAAGGCUCCUGCCGUCGAGUCCGAGAAGCCUGCGCCCGCGCCCGCUCCCGCUCCCGCUCCCGUCCCCAUGAAGCCCAUGUCCUGGGCUAGUCGCGCCGCCGCCGCUGUCGGUCCAAAGCCUGUCGUUCCUCUCCCCAAGACCGCCACUCCUCCUGCCCCCACCCAGGCUAAGGCUCCCGCGCCCGCUGCCGUCUCUCCUCAACCCGCUGCCCCUGCCACAACCGCCACUACCAAGGAACCCGAGGCCCAGGUUGCGAAGGAGGCCUCUCCCUCUGCUGAGUGGCAAUCCGUUGGCGCCGACUCGAAGCGCCAGAACCGCCCCCAGUCUAUCUCGCAAGCACCUACCGAGAACUACGGCACGCUGGGAUACGUUAAGUACGUGACCGAUAAGGUCAAGGCGGAGGACCUCAAGGCCGCUCUGGCCGCCCACGGCGAGCUCACCUACUUCGACAUCAAUCGCCAGAAGAACUGCGCCUUCGUCGAGUUCGCUACUGUCGCUGGCUACCAGGCUGCCGCCGCCGCCAACCCUCACACCGUCAACGGCGAGAACAUUAUCGUUGAGCCCCGCCGCCCCAAGGCUACCGCCUACGGUGGCAGCAACUACUCUACCCCCCGUGGUAACGCCACUGGUGGCGGCCGCGGCCGUGGCGGAUUCGAGGGGAACCGCUCCGGUAGCCAGGGAAGCGCCCGCGGUAACUUCACCGGCGGCGGUCAGGCCCGUGGUCGCGGCAGUGUCCGUGGCCGCGGUGCCUCCCAGGCCGCGGCCUAA